CACCAGAUUCUCUUCUGAUGUGAACCACCUCUUGCACAAAUGAAAAUUUUAUUCUUUCUGUUUUAUUCUUUAUUCCUUCUUUUUUUUGAGAAUAUACUGCUGCUUAUUCUCCUGAUAUAAUUGCUGUCACUACUAUAUCAAAAACACCCUGCUUUUCUCUUCUGUUUGCUUUGUUAUUUGCCUUUAUCAACACCUUCCACUGGUCUUACCAUGGCUUAUCAAAUAGCUUCUACUAUAACUAUACUAUUAAUUAUCUCCUCUACUUUGCAAUUAAUUUCUGUUUUAUCUGUUCCUAUAUCUCAAAAUAUAACUCUUUGCAGAUACGAUGGCUAUAGAUUUGGUGUAUUUGGAAUAUGUAACAAUAAUGGUGUUUGUUCUUCUAUCUCAAUAGGCUAUUCUGAUGACUCAAUCAUCGAUGAAUUGUCUGGGUUUUCUUUACCUUCAAAUGCAAGACAUGUAGUAUCAAGAUUGCUAAUUGUUCAUCCCAUAUCCACUGGUUUCACCUUGAUUUUACUAAUUUUAUCGAUCUUGAUUCAUUUUAAUCGUUUCAAGAAAAAUUUAAAAUUGUUAUUUUUCUUAUUACUUUGGACAUUACCAACUUUUCUAUUAAGUCUAUUAAGUUUUUUAGUAGACAUCCUAUUGUUUAUUCCUCAUCUAGGCUGGGCUGGCUGGAUAAUCUUACCUGCAACUGUUUUAAUUGCUUUAGCAAGUGGUGUCAUCUGCGUCUUGCGGAGAUCAAUAAGCUCAAGAAUCGCCAUGGAUAACCAAAAUUUCCUUUUUUCUUCUCAAAAUCAAGAUAAUUUACAGCCAUAUCGAUUAAACAGCUACAAGCCUUCUGAUUCAUUUUCAAACUCCACUAAUAACUCAACAACUAAUCCCAUUUCAAAUCACAAUCUACCAGGAAUUAAUACAAAUAACUAUAAUAAUCAUAAACACCCAUUUAGUGUUAUUUAUCCAACUUUACCUUUACCUUUAAACUUGGACGCUGAUAAUAAAAAUAUAAGUAAUAGCAAUAACAAUACAAAAACCAUUUACAAUCAAAAUUACAAUCAAAAUUACAAUAAUAACAAUAACGAUAUCAAUAUUAAACAAGUUAAUCAUCAACAACCGAUGACCAUUCCAUUUGAUAUAACCCAUGAUAAUCCCCAUCAAUACAACAGUUUUACUCAUUCUAUAAAAUCAAAUCCAAAUUCCUCAACGUUUAACAUCAAAAAUAGAUUUUCUGGUGCCUAUAAUAUCAAUGAAAUACCCAGUGGUUUAGAAAAUUCCUCCUCCAAUCCCAAUUCCAAUAAUAAUCACAUUAUAAAAAAUUCUGAUUCAAGAGACUGUGGUGUAACAAUAGAUUUUGACAGUUAUCCCAAUACAACACCUGCACAAUAUAGAUUUGGAAAUAGUAAUGAUACAAUUAGUCAACCCAACAAUCUCUUCAAUAACCAAAACAAUAAUCCUGAUAGAAUUAUUUCCCCACUACUACCAAUUCCAGUUGAUCCAAUUUCAAUAACUGAGCCCGUUGAAAUGAAAAAUAUAAUUCAAGAUAAUUCUAAUAACAACAAGAACAUUUCAAAUCUGCCUCCAAAACCUUUAAUUCCUUAUUCGGUCACCGCAGGUUUAAACCCCAAUUUUACUGGUUUAAAUUCUGAUAUUACCACUGCCACUACUACUACUACUACUACUACUACUAAUAAUAAUAAUAAUAAUAAUAUAUCAAAGCUACAAUCAGAAAAUACACAUUCAACCUCCAUUUUAAACUCUCCAAAUGAAAACGUUUCAUCAAACGUAAACCAAAGUCUGUUUGAAACAAAUGAAAAUAGUCAAGUUUCUAAUAUGGUUUCAAACAAAAAUUCUACUCUUCCGUAUCCUACAAAUAAGCCAUUUCCUAAUAUGCCUUCAAGUUUGAGAGAUGAUUCUGUCUCUUUGCUUUAGGAAAUAUAAUUUGCUCAUAAAAAUAAUUAUUUUGAUCAAUAAAAUUCUCUAUUUUGAUCAAUGAUAUUCUCAAUUUUUGAUUUAUAUUUUAGUAAUAACUACAAGCAUAAUGUUUUUUUUAUUUUUUUUUUCAUUUCUUUUGUGUUAUUUCAUUCGUUUAGGGUUUUUUUUUGGUAGUUAUGAAAGCUGUG